AGGACGCGGCCCUGCGGCAGAUCGAGCGCCAGGUGGAGCGGCACGUGGAGACCCUCGCAACUCGCCAGGAGCGAAGCACGGAGCAGAUGGCCAUCCUGGAGGAGAAGCUGGUGAACGUCUGGGGCCUUCUGCCCCGCCUCUCCGAGUUAGAGCACCAGCAGAAGGACUUCUGGCGGCUGGAGGAGCAGCUGCAGGGCCUGUCCUCGAAGCUGGACCGCUUAGCGCAGCCCGAAAGCCUGGCGCUGGAGCUCUCGGAGCAACGCCAGGCCACCUGCGAGCGCCGAGUGGAGCAGUUGAGGGGCGAGCUCGGGGAGUGCAGCUCGUCUCUUACCAGCCUCCGGGACGAGAUGCGGAAGAUGGUGGGCCAGCAGAGCGACCAGCUUCUGAAGAUGACCAGUGAUAACUUCUCAGGCUUCUUGGAUCGGUUGGCCACGCUGGAGAGGCAGCUACACGAGCGUGCGCCUGAGAGCAGCCACAAGCUCCGUCAGCUCUCGGAGGGCGCCUCGCUGCUGGAGCGGCGCCUCGGCGUCGUGGAGCGACAGCUCGAGACCGCAGGCUCUAGAAGCGAGCAGGUGCGCCUAGAGCAUGUCGCCGAUGGCCUGCGUAGGCCCCUGGAAUUACGGAUUCAGCACCUCGAGCAGCAGAUCAAGGUAGAGGAGCCUUCGCCGGAGCCGCGGCUGGCGGCGCUGGAGCGCAGGCUGCGCGAGGCCCAGGAGGAGAACGCUCGUUUGGCCCGCACCUUCGAGGAGCGGCAGAGUCAGCUGGAGGGCGCCGUGGCGCGGGUCUCCGGCGCGCUGCCGCGGAUGUCCGUGGAGAUCAUGAGCGACUGGGAGGCGCUGGCCCGGGAACGCUUCGCCGAGGCGAAGGUCUCCCAGGACCUGGCGCGGCUAUCCCAGCGCCUGGAAGCAGCGCCAUCAGCCUCCGCCACAGAGCGGUGCCUGGAGGAGCUGGCAGUGCUACGGGGGCGCUUCAAUGCGCUGCCGGAGGUGGCUACUGUGCAACAGCUGCAGCGCUGUUACGAGGAGCUGACGCCGCUGAAGCUGCGGAUGGCGGAGCUGCCGGAGGAGGUGGCGGACGCGAAGGUUCUGGAGCUCUGCAGCCGGAAGCUGGGCUCGUUGGAGGAAGACGUGAAGUCGGUGUGCUGGACCUUGGACGGCUCCGAGCAGAAGCUGAAGGAUCUGACGAAGCAGUUCUCCUCCGUGUCCGCCAUGCAGUCGCAGAUGGCCUCCAUGGAUGGUCAGAUGGAGAUCGUCACUGGGCUGAUCCAGCGCACCGACACCAUGGUGAGAUUCCUCCAGCAUAUCCAGAACGGCAUGACUGAUGCCUGAAGCACGUCGGACGGCAUGCAAAGGCAUGCUUUGCGUGUGAGCUUGUGCUGGGUGAAGCGGUGAAGCCUCUUCGCAACUGGUUGGC